CAUCGCCUGCAAAAAAAAGGAUGAGAAGCUUUUAUAAUGAAUUACUCGGCUGUGCAUUUCUCACGUGUCCUCAAUAUAGUAAAUAAUCCUUAGAAAAUCAAGAAGUAUAUUUAAAAAGAAAUCUUGCCGUUGAUUGAAUCGAUAAAAGGAGAACUAUAAUGUACUAAUUUCGCUGCCGCUAGCUGAUAGCUGUUGGUUUCAUUUAGGAAAAUGUUUCUUGUAGCAGUAAGUUUCAUUGUUUGAGCCAUGCCUGACGUCACCAGUUCGUGAACCACAUGCAUUGAAGCUGAAAAAGUCUCGGUCUCCCUCACAGCUUCUGGUGAAUUAACGAAUUCUCUCCUUUCUCCUCCCGCCUCAAUUAAAAAAGUUUCGAAACGAAAACAAGAACGUUAACAAAUAAUUCCACCAUCUGUCCUCUAACUCUCGACGUAUCCGGAAGGGAAGUCGAUGACAUUCGCGAGCUAGGUGAAAAUACCACCUCUAAGGUGACCAUCCUACAGUCCAAAUGAGAGCAGACAUUUUGGUUCUGAUUGGUGUGAUGAGCAUUAAACUACACUAAGAAGAGAGAGAGCAUCUUGAAUAGUGGUUAGGAGCUCAUAUUUGCACAUGAGUACAGUGGCCUAGUUAUGGACUAGCAGGCAAAUGUUGAUAGUGCUUAUCUCAUCGUGGUAAGCUGAAAAAAGAAUUCAAUAUAUCAGGUAUGCACAUUUUGGCUGGGAUGACUGCUAGCACCUCGCACAUUCUUUGCUGCUACUCCAAAGGCAUCCAAAUCGUUGAUGAACAUCGAGAUAGAACAUCUGUGUCUAGCUGAGCAGUGCUUGGACCAUUCUGCACCCUCCACUAUCAACUUUACACAACUGUUUCUGUCUCCACCUUCUGCUCUUGCUCAUCUGUAAUGUGAAAAUCACCAGGUGAAAACUCAAGUAUCUCUUACUGGAUUCACUGAAGUAAGAGUAUUGAAGGAAAGACAUGGCAAUGAAGUUUAAGCCAUUGGUGCUUUGAGUUCACUGGAAAAUGGGACAGAAUCAUUGGGAAAUCUAAUCAGUGGAUAUGGAGUCAGGGGAGCGGUUGACAUCUACUUCCUCUGCCCCUUCUUCUACAUCUUCUGCAUCAUCUACAGCAACAGCUGUUUCUAAGGGCAGCAUUUCUGCAGGAGCUGGAGGGUUUGGCUCCACAUUGUCGACCUGCGGGCAAAUGUUUAGAGCAGCAGCUGGAGAUCAGCCUUUCAAUUUGUCUGCAGUAUCGAGUGCCUUCCCUAUGGUUAACCACGCAGCAUUUGGACUGCACACUACAAGCUCAGGGCGUUCAGAGUUUGGUGGCCUGGGAACAAUUGGUGCAUCUUCAGCCUUGGUGGGACACACACAACUUUCAUCUUUUCCAGGCACUGAAUGGUGGCGAGCUACAGAUUCUCCGGCUCGUGCAGGAACAACAUUUUUCCCAUCAGGCAUGUUAAGAAUUCCACCAGUGUUUGCUGCUUCAACUCCAAACCAUGAUUCUAAUCCAUUCCAUUCGCGAAACACAAACAAAUUUGGUCGAGGGACACAAAAAGGUAUUAAUGGAUCAUUGAAUGGUAGCAGCAUUACAGCAGUAUCAGGAGUCAGCACAUCUGGAUUGGCUACCAUUGGAAUGAUUUCAUCUGGACAAACGCACAUGACAAUUUCUGGAAAAGGUCGGAAGUGCAUUCUUGAGCAAAGUAGACUUUCAGAAACUCCAGAUAAGGUUAAGGAAAAGAAGCCCAGAAAGAAAGCAAUUGAAAGCUCCAGUAACAGUGAAAGUGAAUCAGGCACGUCAUCAGAUUCUUCCAGCGAAGGUUUGAGCAGCAGUGAUUCUGAUGACUUUGAUGACGAUGACGACGAUGAGGACGAUGACGAUGAGGAUGACGAUGAGGAUGAUGAUGAUCAUAGUGUUGGAGAAGAAGAUAGUGAGGAUGCUGAUUCAGAUUCUGAAACUGAAUCCCCACAUUCAAAGAAGACAAAGGGUUUGAUGCACACUAUGAAAGAAUCAAAAGAAAUGAGCCAAACUGCUUGUGACCUUAAAUAUUCAUAUGACAAAAGAAUGAACCAGCAUUUGCAUCUUGCCACAGAUUCUCAAACUUCACAUCCAUUCCAAUCCCAGCAGAAACAACCUCCAGUUUUGUCGCAACUUUCCCUCAUUUUCCAGAGCUCUCACACAAAUGAUGAGUCUGGCAAAAAACAACAGAGUGUCAUUCAGUCCACUGGGCUAACAGUUGGGAUGAAACCUGUGCCUUCGGUCAAUCAGGGAAGGAAAGAAUCUUCUCCAAAACCAGCUGGUGCUUUACCUGAACUUCUCAAGGCAGGGAAUAUAUGUGUUUCUGAAGAACUGGGGUCACCACAUGAUCUACGUUUGAAACAGGAACUAUUUAAGCAGUCAUUUCCAGCACAAUUAAAGAAACAGCAAGAGCAGUACAAGGCCCAGAAGAAGGCAGCAGCAGGUGGUAACAAGAGCUUCCAGACCCCUUUGUCUAGUCCAAAAUCAGCUGCUAGUUCACCAGCACACCAGAAGCUGCCUCCAGUUGAUGGUAACCAGUCAAGCCCCUCAACAACAAGUGCACUUGUGCAGCAGCAACCUAAUGGAGUAAUUCAGAGUGUCAUUCAGGAAGCCCCUUUGGCACUUACGACCAAAUCUAGAAUCCAAAUUAAGAAUACAGAUAAAAUAAUUACGAACUCUGGUAGCAGUGCACCCUUUACACCAAUUACACUGGGUACUAAUUUAAAGAAUCAUUCUGGCAAUCAUGUGACACCAGUUCGACAUUCUACCUCUCCUGUAUUAUCCCAGAGUUCUGCUAAUGACAAAUCAGUGAGCAUUAAAGUCACUGCACCUAUUCAGCAGCAACAUCAGCAUCUUUCUGCCCAAUCUUUGGCUGAUCAAUUCAGAGGAAAUGAUUCUGACGUUCCAAGUAGCAAGGAUUCUGAUGACUCAGAUGAAGAUGAUGAUGAUGAAGAUGAUGAUGAAGAUGAUUCUAAUAACAGUCAAUCAGAGGCCGACAGUGACUCAGAGACAGAAACAGAUGGAUCAGAUAAUGACAUUAAGGAACAAGAUGAGCCUGACACAGAAAAUGAAGGAGAUGAAAUUCCUCAUAAAUUCAACAAAGCUACUCAUUCAAGUCAUGCUGCUUCUAGUCAUUCAGCCCACUCUACACCAGUUGGCCUCAGUAUAAUGAAAACUUCAAAGUCAUCAUCUAGUGCAUUGCCAUCAGGAUCUACAACACAGACUUACAGAGGAACUGCAUCAUCUUCAUAUGGGCCACCUACACCAUCUGGUUCAGGUAAACGAAGAAGAGUCACAGAUGAAAAAGAGCUGCGUAUCCCUUUGGAAUAUGGGUGGCAGAGAGAAACCCGAAUUAAGACUGUUGGUGGCCGUCUUCAAGGAGAGGUGAUUUAUUAUGCUCCUUGUGGGAAGAAACUUCGUCAGUACCCUGAAGUAAUAAAGUACCUUACAAGGAAUGGAAUAACAGAUAUUACAAGGGACAACUUCAGCUUCAGUUCAAAAAUGAAUGUUGGUGACUUCUAUGAAGCCAGAGAUGGGCCUCAGGGUAUGCAGUGGUGCCGUUUAAAAAAUGAGGAAAUAAUUCCAAAAAUAAAGGCAAUGGAAGGGCGGAGAGGUCGCCCACCAAAUCCAGAAAAACAACGUGCUCGAGAUGAAUCAAAAAUGAAACGUCGCAAAGGCAGGCCUCCGAAUAUUGCAAGGCCAGACUUGCAAAAGAAUUGUGAUGCAAAAUUGUUACGAAAAUUGGAAGCCCAAGCCUAUGCAAGAAAAGCAGCAGAAUUAAAGAUGAUGCAGAAACUUGAAAAGCAGGCAUUGGCACAAAGAGCUAAGGAAGCUAGAAAACAACAAGCAAUAAUGGCAGCAGAAGAAAAACGGAAACAAAAGGAACAGCUAAAGAUGAUAAGACAGCAGGAAAAAAUCAGAAGGAUUCAGCAAAUUAGAAUGGAAAAGGAACUGAGAGCUCAACAAAUUCUAGAGGCUAAGAGGAAAAAGAAGGAAGAAGCAGCAAAUGCAAAAUUAUUGGAAGCCGAGAAACGGAUGAAGGAGAAGGAGUUGAGAAGGCAACAGGCUGUCCUGCUUAAGCAUCAGGAGUUGGAGAGGCAUAGACUAGAUAUGGAAAAGGAGAGGAGAAGGCAACAUAUGAUGCUCAUGAAAGCAAUGGAAGCCCGGAAGAAAGCUGAAGAAAGGGAACGGCUAAAGCAGGAGAAAAAGGUUGAGAAACGUUUAAAUAAAGAACGAAAAUUAGAACAGAAGAAAUUGGAGCUGCAAAUGGCCAAGGAGCUAAAGAAACCCAAUGAAGAUAUGUGUUUGUCAGAUCACAAGCCUCUACCAGAGUUUCUCCCCAUUCCUGGUCUUGUACUGCCUGGAGGUGCCUUUGCUGAUUGCCUUAUGGUAGUACAGUUCCUCCACAACUUUGGUAAGGUACUUGGCUUUGAUUUAAAUAUUGAUGUCCCAACUUUGAAUGUACUCCAAGAAGGACUGCUUAAUGUGGGUGAAAGCAUGGGAGAAAUCCAAGAUUUGUUGGUGAGACUAUUAAGUGCUGCUAUUCAUGACCCAGGACUACCACCAGGAUAUAAGGCACGAACUUUUCUUGGAGACCAUGUCACCAAUGUCAGGAUAAACAAGGACACUGUUUCAGAGAUUUUGCAGAUCUACAUGGAGGCCCACAAUGGACAAACAGAGCUUACAGAAAGUUUGAACACAAAACCUUUCCAGGCACACACUCCAGUUCAAAAAGCUUCUGUACUUGCGUUCUUGGUUAAUGAACUUGCAUGCAGCAAGGUUGUGGUCAAUGAAAUUGAUAAAAAUAUUGAUCAUAUGUCCAAUCUCAGAAGAGACAAAUGGAUUGUGGAAGGCAAACUUCGGAAGCUUAAAAUUAUUCAUGCUAAGCGAACUGGUAAGAAAGAGUCAAUUGGUGGCGUUGACAGUAAUGGAGAACAGCGAUUAUUGGGCACACCCACUCCUGGCCGAAAGAGAAAGCGAAAAUGUGAUAGCGACGAUGAUGAUGACGAUGAUGAUGACAGUGAUGAUCAGGGUGACGACGAUGAUGAUGAAGAGGAUAAAGAUGAAGAAAAGAAGGCAAAGAAAAUAGAAAUUGCUGAAGAUGAGGAUGAUGGAGAACAGUUGACUAGUGUAGAGGAACUGGAGAAACAAAUUGAAAAACUGAGCAAGCAACAAAGCCAGUACCGUAAGAAGCUGUUUGAGGCCUCUCAUUCAUUGCGCGCCAUGACAUUUGGACAAGAUCGCUACAAACGACGCUACUGGGUACUUCCCCAGUGUGGUGGUGUAUUUGUUGAAGGCAUGGAAAGCGCAGAAGGUACUGAGGAGAUGAUGAAAGAGAGAGAAAAACUAAAAAAUGCUAACAGUUUGCAGAUUAAGGAAGAGCCACCUGAGACACCCGAAGAAAAAUUAAACCGCUCUUGUUCAGCAACUAACUGUGAUGAUUUAUGCAAAAACGAUUCGAAAGAGAGAAGUAGCACUAACCUGUUCUUACAAAAACCAGGUUCUUUUUCUAAACUGAGUAAGCUGUUAGAGGUAGCAAAAAUGCCUCCUGAAUCAGAUUUUGUGACUCAGAAACAAAAUGUGAACCAAAUAAAUGCAACAUCAACAUCAUCUCCUAGUCAUUGUAUCUCACAGAACUCCAUCUCAAAUUCCCAGCUUACUAUUCCAUCCAGCAACUCAGAAAAGAUAGACUCAUGUACAAACUUAUUUAACCCACUGAUAACUGGCACAGGGAAACUCUACAACUCUCCUUUACUCCAAAAUGACCAGUUGCUGAAAGUACUUACAGAGAAAGGUGGACAGUGGUUCAGUCUCUUACCAAGAAUGCCUUGUGAUGAAUCUUCCAUCACCUGUACAAAUGUGCCUCCAACCUCCUCACAACAAAUGGCACAAUCUCAACUUAAUUCCCAGUCUUCGUCCUCAUCUCUUUUGGGUUCAGGAUCCCUUCAGAAUCCACUGGGACUCAAUCCAUUUGCAUUAUCAGCACUACAGGCAGCUUGUUUAGACAAUAUGGAGAACUUCUCCCAUGAUUUCCCAUGUGCAAACAAUGAACCUCUGAUGAAACCAGGGAUACCUCUCAUAGGACUUCCAUUCUGUGGAUGGCCACCUGGAGUACUCAAUCCAAGUAUUGCCUUUUCCUCACCUGGCCUUGGUGUAGGUUAUGGAUUAACAGAAGGAAAUGCUAAUCCUUUUCUGUUACCCAGCAUUUCUACAGAUGAAUCACCAGCACCACAAAAUGAAAAACUGCAAAAUAGUGCACCUUGUAUAGUUGAAGUAGCAAAAUCAGUGGAUUAUCCUAGUCCAAGGCCAAUCGCAGAAGACAUGCAGCGAGGCUGGUGGAGAAUUAUUGACCCUGAGGAGCUGAAGACUCUAUUUAAAGUACUUCAUCUCAGGGGAAUAAGAGAAAAGGCUUUGCAGAAACAACUUCAGAAACACAUGGAUUACAUCAGUCAGGCCUGCAUCAGAAGUAAAGACGUUGCAAUAUUUGAAAUAAAUAAAGACGAUGAAGAAAACCAGGUUACUGAUGCAGCUGUGCAUAACUGGUCAAUAGAAGAUCAAGCAUUUGAAAUUGAUGUAGCCAUUCUUCAGCAAGUUGAAGAGCUGGAAAGGAAAGUGGCAUCGGCAAGUCUCCAAAUUAAGGGCUGGAUAUGUCCUGAGCCUGCUUCUGACAGAGAUGAUCUGGUCUACUAUGAACACAAACCUUUUGAUACGGAACAGACUGGCCAACAUACCGGAGAAGAGGAUGAGGAAAAUGGCAGCAGUAUAGAACGACGAGAUGGCAACCCUCUAGAUAUAGCUGUAACGAGGCUGGCUGAUUUGGAGAAGAACAUAGAGAGAAGGUAUCUGAAGAGCCCCUUAAGUACCACCAUUCAGAUCAAACUGGAUAAUGUGGGCACAGUUACAGUUCCUGCUCCUGCACCAUCCAAUACAGGUGAUGGUGAUGGAAGUGAUGAAGAUAUUGCCCCUGGAUUAAAAAUGUGGCGGAAAGCCUUGUCGCAAGCUCACAAUGCUGCUCAGGUAGCAAUGUGCCUUCAACAAUUAGAGAAGACAAUAGCAUGGGAGAAGUCAAUCAUGAAAGUUUACUGCCAGAUAUGUCGAAAGGGAGAUAAUGAAGAAUUGCUUCUACUUUGUGAUGGUUGUGACAAGGGAUGCCACACUUAUUGUCACAGACCCAAAAUCACCACUAUUCCAGAUGGUGACUGGUUUUGUCCUGCCUGUAUUGCUAAGGCAAGUGGCCAGUCUCCGCGGAGUAAAAAAUUUCUAAAUCGUCCAAGGAAGAAUUUUGAACAGAAGAAGACGAGGAGGUUAUCUGGAGCUGGUGUUAGUGAUGAAGAGGAGACAGCCAGUACAAGCAGUACCCCAAAGAAGGGAAGUAAAGAAUCCAAAAAACGAAAAGUGGAGGAUAGCCCAUCUGUGAACUCACCCAGGCUAGAGGGGCCAUCACCUACCAAGAAGUGGAAAAUCAUAAAAGAUAGUAGCAAGGAUUUGUCCUUAUGCAGCAUAAUGUUAUCAGAGUUGGAAACACAUGAGGAUGCUUGGCCUUUCUUGCUACCCGUGAACUCCAAACUAGUACCUGGGUACAGAAAGGUUAUUAAAAAACCCAUGGAUUUCUCCACUAUCAGAGAGAAACUCAGCAAUGGACUAUACCCUAAUACUGAAGUGUUUGCGGUUGAUGCCAGAUUAGUUUUUGACAACUGUGAAACAUUUAAUGAAGAUGAAUCGGACAUUGGCAGAGCUGGUCAUAAUAUGAGGAAAUUUUUUGAGAAGCGAUGGGCUGAGCUUUUUAAGGGAAGCUAAAGCAAUCAAAUUACAAAUUAAAGACAUUGAGCCCGGCAGCCUGAAAUACCGGUAUCUUCAUAUAUACGGGGAAGUGCAAGAUUGUUUGCACAAAUCAGCAGAUAUUUCACAUCACUUGUUAAAAUGUGGAAAUACCAGCCAAGGAUUAUUCUGAAAGAGGUUCACUCCUUUGGAUACUGUAGCUCUUGAACUAUGGAAAUGUUUUAUGGACAGCUUCGGAAGAACAGGGAAGCACACCCAAAGAGUUCAGAGGCAUGGGGUGGUCCUAGUGCAAUAGCAACUAUUAUUUCAAACGCACUGAAUAAAUAUACAACCACCAGAGCUGUAAUAGGGGACUGGAAAUCCUCUCCCUCAUUUAAGAAACAAUAUACGUGGAAGUAAAUGGAAAAAAUCUUGAAUUUCUUUUGUAGUUUAUAUUUUAGUGAAUGUAUUUAAUUUUUGUUAAUUUAUGAAUAAAAUGUCAAGUCUUCAUUUUCUAUGAAAAGGAAGAGGCAGCAAAAUUGCUUUAAAUCUUCAAGGAAAUAAAACAACGAAUGUUUUUGAAUAAUAAAACAAAGCCAAUUGAUAACUGUUUACACUGUUCUGUCCGGGAGGGCACUGGAGAACCUCUUGUUACUGUAGACAUAAAUUUACGGCUCUGCUUAUCAAUGCACCACCUACUUAGUCUCAAAGUAAAUUCAAAAACAGUGGAUCAACAAAGAAACAUCUGUAUAUAAUUGUUCAUUAAUGUUAAUAUUAAUUAAGUCUUGUUCAAAUAUGUAUGAUGUGUACAUAUUGUUUCCAGGCAUUGAAUAUUGUUAUGCCUUAGAAUAACUGUAGCAUUUUAUUUUAGUCUUAAAAUGAUUAUACAUAUAUGGCUUGUACAUAUCCUCUACAAACACUGUGGAGUCUCCUAAUGUUGGGUAGUGCCUGCCUUUAAAACAGGGUGUAGGGGAUAUUAGGUUUUCCAUUUUCUAUUUUUGUUAUAUAAUUUUUGAGCCACUGUGGUCUCAUUCCAAUAUAAUCAUUUAUAUCCAUACAAUAAAUUACGAUUUCCUAUACACAGUAUUUUUCAUAAUGCAUUUCCCUCCAUCUGCCUUGCCACAGAACUUGGUACACAGUGGCUCAUUGUAACCGCUGUGUUUAACCACUGUUUAACUACUGUAAGUUGCAGUGGCCUAUUGGAGGCAGCUCAGAUCAGAAAAUUUUGUACCUGAGUCAAAGUACUUGAAGUUAUUUUAUUUAAAUAUGUUGUGAAAAAGGGUAGUUUUCUUUUUUAGGAGCAUUAUUUUUCACUAGUAUGUGUGGCACGGACAUAAUAAAAGGGUG